ACUUGGGGGACAAUACAAUGUUUAAAGAUGGCGGGGCCCACAGCAGACAGUUUUGGCAACAGACAGCUGUGGCAGGUCAUCAGUGGCACAGGUUGCCUUCGUCCACAGGAGUAUAUUGAGAGGGAACUCAACAAGAACAAAGAGAAACUUUUACAAGGAUUUUCUUUCUACAAAAAGCAAAGCACCCCACAAGGAGAAGCUCUGAAGAAGGAGCGGAAGCUGAAGGCUACACACAGAGAGUUUGUCAUCAGGCUGAGUCAGUUGUUGGGUUUGGAUGAACUUCAGAGCCAUGACUUGUUCUGCUCUUUCCUUUUCACAGAGUUUCGUGGCUCUCAAAAAGAGCUCACAAAUAUUCUCACCCACGAGCGGCAUUCCCAGACGCUACUGCUUAAAGUAGUUGACUUCUACUAUGGAGAGCGCCUCUACAUUCUGCGCAGUCUGCGACAUAUCUUGCACUGCUGGUUUGAAGGGGAACAUGCCUACAAAGAUGUCUUUGCCAAGUUUCUGAAUGAGUUGUUGGAGAAAAGCCUUCUAGGUGAAAAGCUGAUAGACCAGUUUGACGCUGCUUGCAAUGCUCCCCUGCCCACAAAAGAGCUGAACGGCCCUCUUAUGGGUCGUGCCCAAGUGAACGCUUGGGCCAUGCAGAACCUCAAAGAGCAGGCAGAGCUGCUGGAAUUGCUGGUGAUCUACUACAAGGACUUUGAGAUGGAUGUGACAACCUUACUGAAGCUGUGUGUACGCUUUAAGAAACAUGGCUUUGGCUGGGGACAAGACUACAAGCAUCUUAUUGAUAUACAUAUGGAGAAACUGGUGCUCAGAAUUGGGUUCUUGGAAAUUUUAGUCCUGCUAGAAGGACUUGACAUUAUGAACGCUCUGACUGCUAAAGAGGAAAACAACCUGUCAGACCAUGUCAUCUUGUGUGAUUCUGCCAACCUUGAGAAACUUGAUAAAGCCGUGUCCAUGAUAGGCUCCGAACCCGUGCACUCCCCCAUCUUACUGGGCUGUGCUAUCCUUCUGUACAUAAACGCAGAGGUAGAGCAGUGUAAGGAGGCGUCUGGGGCGGGAGGGGAGUCCGGUGGAACGGCAGCAAAAGCACUGAGUCGGGCCCACAUUAUGGGCAACCUGGCGCUACAGCUGGGAGUCUUCAACGUGUUGCUGGAUUUGUUGGAGACGGAACCUUUCUCUGGGAAGUCGGACCUGGCCUCCACUGCCCACUACUGUGUCUACUCCUGCCUGUCAGCCCUGCUGGCUUUCUUCCAGGAGGACUCGCUGGGCAACACAGAGAUAAUUUACAAAAUCACAUGGAAGCUCCUCAAGUGGGAAUUUAUUGCAAACAUGAUGUGGGAAAAAAGCGGCAGCGAGGGUCUGGCCAUGCUUUACGAUUCAGCCCGGAACUGGUUUCCUCUUGACUUUGUCUGCUUCACUCAGCUGAACAUCUCAUUGGCUCGGGCCGGGGGCCACAGUGCUCAACAGGUCAAGAAGUGCAUGCACCAGCUGGGUCAGUACACAGAGCUACUGGACAACAACCGCUCCUCUGACCUGCAAACCACGGAGGAGAAAGGCGUCUUUGUCUUGAGGAGGAACAAGCAGCCAUUUCAGAACAGUGACUUUGCAAUAGAGAGAAGCAGCAAAGGAAGAGUGAUGAAUCCAUCAACUGUUCGGCGAGACCUGAGCAGCCUAGGCCACAUCAUCCAGUGGGAAACCACGUACAACGGCUGGCAGAUGCUGAUGGGGGAGAUACAGGAGCUGCUUUCUCAGGUCUCCCAUGGUGCAGGUAUGGUGCAGACGGAACAGCUUAUCAAGGUCACCAUGGUGAUGGAGCUCAUCAAAGAGGUCAUGACUUCUGACCCGUCUUCUGUCACAGAGUUUUCAGAGAUAUUCAGUUUGGGCUACCAGCUGAUUCUAAGGUUUGCGGUUCUGAGCCCAGCCCCUAUAGAACUCCUGUCCCACACCAUCCACUGUCUGGCACGGGCUGUGCCGCUUUUUCACACUCAGGUUUCUCACCAUCUCAAACAGACGGGCCUGUUGCCGUUCCUGACUGAGAACAUUGAUGAUUUCUCUGAAGUCUUGAGCGGUGAUGGUGUGAACCAAGGUCUGUACGGCUGUCUGCUGGCUACCACCGAGUGCCCACAGGGGACCUACCUGGUCACGCUGUCUGUGCUGGACUUGGUCUCGCAACUGGUUGUGUCUUUCUCCAAGGAGGGCCGGGAGCGGGAGCACACAGCCAGCGUCCUGUACAUUCUCCGCGAGGUGUUUCCUCGUUUCCACAAGUGGCGCUACGUAGACAUCACCCAGAGAAAGCUCAUUGGUCAGAAGUGUCUCCAACUUUUUCACAACAUCUUUAACUUUGUGAACCUGCAGGAAAAGCCACAGGAAACUGGGAAGGGAAAGAAAAAAGCCCCCAGCCUGCAGGAGUCGUGUGUGUUCAGUCUGCUCUUCUCAGAGGCCGGCCGCUCCCUGCUGGACAUAGUGACCACUGGUGUGGACAACAUACAGCAAACGCUGGCCCAACAGUGCAGCCUGAUGGAGGGUGCCGGCAUGGACCUCAUGGAGCUGGUGGAGAUGUCGCUGUCUCUUCUGAACCGCCUCCUGCUGCUGAAGCCUCUGCGGCUGGGCGCGUCCCCGGUGGAACAGGCUCUGUCCAGUCAGCCGGCCGGCCGUCAGUUACAGCACCCAGUGGCCACGGUGGCCCAGUACAUCUACCACAGGCACAGCCACCGACUGCCUGCGCUGGCCACUCUGUUGUUAAAGAGACUUGCCAUGGUGUCCCCAAUGUCCAUCCUGGCAUGUCUGGGCAGCGAUGCGGAACCCAUCCGAGACAUGUUUCUCACACGACUUCAGGCUGUGUCAGAGGAUGUCCAACUCAAGGUUGGUAUCUUGGAACUGCUCUCUGUGUGUGUGGAGUCCCAGCCUGGCCUCAUUGAGAUCUUCCUGAGUGUACAGCACCAACAGGCUGAUGCUAAGGAUCUCAAGCUGGGCCGCAGCAGUUGUCUGCCCGUGCUGCUGGAGCUGAUGUCCACCAGCAAACAGUGCACCUACGAGUGCCCGCCGGAGCUCCUGUGUGCCUCCCUCGACCUGGUUCACGCACUCUGGCACGGCAUGAGAGAGACACCCAUGACUGUUCUACGCAAUACAGAAAGUUUCUGGCCCAGUGUUGUGGCGCCGCUGACCUCUGACCUUCCGGCUGUGCAGGAGGACGAUGACCUCUCGGUUCAGGCUUUCAAACUGCAGACCAAACUGGCUGCUUUCUCCCUGAGAAUCAUCGCCAUGGAAGUGUACGCAGUCUCCAGUUCCAAGUUCAAUGACAAUUUCAAGAAAUCAAUGCAAUCAGCUUUCACUAGUGGUCGACUCAUGUACUGGUCAAAGGCGGUGAAAGAAGGCAUGGAGAAAGCAGGUCAGGCCCAGGGCUCGACUCAAGUGACGUAUGAGCUGACCGUUGCUGAUCACCCAGCCCUUAAUCUGCUCUUGGCUUGGAAAAACUUUCUCAUUGCUACGAGUCGAUUCAAGGUGAAGGAGGUCCAACCAUUGGACCGUGACUGCGGCGACAUUCUGCAUGAUCUGCUAUGUGGUGUCCAGGCCCAGUUCUCCUCGGAGCAGCUGACCCCGGUCAAGGUCAAAUUGGCCUCCAUCUCCAGCGCCCUCUACUUCACUCUGACCAAACUCUGGGGGAAAGAACUGCUGGACAGACAACUGAGUGAGACUGCCGGGUCUCCCCGCACCAUCUCUGGGCCGGCCGUGGCGGUGCGCAGACUGACACAGGUUCUGCGCGAGUCGCUGGCAGACAGCAGUCGGCUGUUGCCGUCCGUGCACAUUGGUCUGCUUGGAGCGCUGACGGCCAUCUUGCAACACUGCGGCACUAAGUUAGAUGACCUACAGACCCUGAUCAAGUCCCUGCUACCUGUGGUCUGCUCAGUGUUUCUGCAAAGCUCCUGGCAGCUCCCGGGGCUUAUCGAGACAGCCGAGGUCACUGGAGAGGUCAAGGAAACAACUGACACUGAGGGCACCACUCAGCCCCUUGACUCUCUUGGCUCACACGUCAAGGUACAGAUAGUGUCAUGCUGUCUGCUGGUGGAGAUCCUUCACGUGAGCCCCGACCUUCCAGCCUCACUGCGACUCAUACAAGAGAACGGUAUCGUGUCCUGUGUGCUCACCACCAUGGAGGCUUUCUUCAAGGCCCGGAAAGGCGUGUCCUACAUUUAUUCUUCUCUUCUUCUGCUCACCAAGAUUGCGGACACGGAGGCUGGUGCCAACAUGCUGUGUGUGAGUAACUUGACCUCUCACCUCUGUCUGGCCUUGACCUCCUGCUACUCAGGAGAGGAUGCUUUCAAGCCUCGGAACCUCCUCAGCAAAGCCUUUGUGUCUGGCAGUGUGAGCGGAGGGGCGGGCAAGGGGGGCGGUCCCGACACGAUCAGCUGGCACCGGCUCUACUGCCUCAGUCUGGACCUGUUCUCCUCCCUGCUGCGCUCGCUGGGCCACGGCUUUCUGCAGCACGCGCUCGACCUGGUCGGUGUACAUCAGGACAGACUGCUGCUGGCUCUGGAGAUGGCCCGCGUGAACCUGAGCCAGCCGGUAUUGGCCGAGGCCGAGUCCAGCUGUAACCUACUGCUGCAGCUGUGUGCCUUCCAGAGGCAGUGGAGGUUCUACCUGCCUGAGGUCAUGGCCAAGCUGUUGGGUGCUCUGAUGGCAAUGCUCCAGACGUACGUGGCUCUCCUGAUCCGGCCACGCUAUCUCUCACACAUCCUGGAGCACAAGAACCUGUCGGGCACGGGCCGCGCGGAGAUGUUAGUCCAGCCGUCAUCCUUCCUGCAGCACCAGACGUCGAUGGAUGACGUGGAGCAGCCCACUUCCCAGCUCGUGGAGGCUGAACACAGCAUGCUGAGACUUGUGGGAAAGGCUCUAGCCUGUCUGAAGCACUUUACGCCCUCACUCCCAGAGAUCAUGUUGGACCAGAGCCUUGAUGUCACAGAAUGGGACCGUGUGCUCGGAAUUGGCUUCGGUACACCAGCCCUGGAAUCUGCCUCCGAGGGCGUUACAUUUGGAACCCUUCUCUACUGUGUCACAGUCUGUGUACGGCACCUGGCCAAGGGAGAGGGUGGCAAGCUGUCCCCUCACCGCAGUUCCCCGGAUGAUCCAACCAGACAUCAAGUGCCUAGGCCCGUUAUCCACUUUGCCCUCGAGAACUCCCUGGAUAUCCUCAUGUCUCAAGCAUGUCGCUACCUGAGAGAUCCGAACCUUGUACCCCGUGACAGGCAGUUUUUGAAACGAGAGCUGGGCACUGAAUUGAAUUCGUUCCUGUCCAGUCUACAUCGACAGCUGCGACGAGGAGGCGGUGUGGAGCGCUCUACCUCUCUGACUCCCCCAAACACAGGAUUCAGUCUGUCAGCGACAUCCUCAGCAGCUGCUGGGCUCAGUUCUCCGGCAGUGGGCACCCCACCCGUGGGCUCAGCCUCCACAGGUCAUGGGUCCCUGACCCCUCAGCUCAACAGAUCAGUGUCGGUGACUUCUUUCACAGGCGCCAAUGACCCAGCUUACAUCCAACUGGUCCAGGCUUUUGUUCAGAAAGUGUUGAGAUAGUAGCAGGGGCCGCGUUUGUUCUUAGCUUUUGUCUGUCUGAGGGGUGACUGAGCUUGGGGUCAGCACUGGUCAGGGAAGGAACAGUGUUGGUCUUAGAAUGUAGAUGAGUGGGCUGAUUGGAUGUGAGAGUCUGCUGCUGUCGGCCGAUUGGAUGAGAGAGCCUGCUGCUGUUUGCUGAUUGGAUGAGAGAGUUUAGUGCUGUCAGCUGAUUGAAUGAAAGAGUCUACUGCUGUUACCUGAUUGGAUGAGAGAGUCUGCAGUGUCGGCUGAUUGGAUGAUAGAUUCUGCUGCUGUCAGUCGCUUGGAUGAGAGAGUCUGCUGCUGUCAGCUGAUUGGAUGAGAGGAACUUGCUGGCAGCUGAUUGGAUGGGAGAUUUUGCUACUGUCAUGCUAUUGGAUGUAAGAUUCUGCUACUGUCAGGCGGCUGGUUGUGAGACACAUAGUUUGUACUGUUUCUGUUAAGAAAGGAAUGGUUAUCUUGAGUCUUCGUUCUGGUGUAUGCUGGGUAGAUGUGAGGACAUGGGGCCGAAGCUUGUCAACAUAGGAAUAGUAACGUUUUUUGAUGAGUAAAAGUAAAUUUAAACCCCCCAUUUGGAACUGACUAGACCUAGUGCUGAGGUCCAGGAUCACAGUAGGGUUGGUGCUUUGUGUUAUAAAAUAUGGGAACAUGAAACAGCUGGCUGGGACUUUUGAUUUGCACAAAGACGUUUGUGAAUUGUGUCUCAUGUGUUCGAAUUGUUAAUGUUGUACGUGAGUGUGUAUUAGUUCCAGAUUCUGACACUCAAUUUUAUGUAAAUACUUGCAUUUACACACACACACACACACAUUCCCUCUGAGACAUAAAAGCAUGCACAAGUGCACACACUUGCGUGUGCACACACACACACACACACAGACACACACACACACCACUCAUCCUCUUACUCUCACAUAACCACAUAGGCACACUUACUUCUACUAAAAAACACACACACAAAUGAUUGUAUGGAACUAGUGGGAUCAAAUUAAAUAAAUGUGUCGGCUGUACUAAAUUUGUGCCUUCUGUUGGUUAGUACAGAGUGUUUUGUUUGUUCUGCGAGAACUAGCACCUGUUGUGAUGUUUCUGGUAAUUGGAUGAGCAUGUACAUUUGAACAGUUUGAUGACAAAACGCUGCAAAUUCCAUUUUUGAAGUAGCAAAAUAUGAUUUUUCCUCUUUUAAGGACUGCCAUAAGCCAUAAUGUCUCAGUGUAUUGGAAUUGCCAAGUGAUCGUAUUUAGAAACAUUGCAAUUGUGUAACGAUCAAAGUCUGGUAUAAAGAAAAUCAGAUUCUAAAGUUAAAAACGCACUGGACUUGGAUUAUUUUUAUGUUGUUCCCUCUUUUGAAAGGGUCUGUGACUUUGGAUUGAACUCUUUGUUUGAUUUGACGUUGUUAGCGAUCCAGUAGCAUCUGAGCGUUAACUCUUCUGCAUGAUGCCAUUCGGAUUUGAAAAUAAAAGUAAAGUUCCCCAUUCUGAAAACAAGUUUUUAAAAAGCUUCUUUCACUCAUGAUGGCCCAAAUGUGGCCCCACUCUAGAUAUAUGUAUUGAAGGUCAAGUAAGUUCUAAACGGAGAGCUUAAGAUUAUUUUUACUGGUUCGACUAUAUAUACAACAGGCGUAGUGCACACAUGCUAGUUUGCUACAUGAAACUGAAAUAAUAAUUCAAUAAUUUCCACUUUGUGACUGAUAGUUUUUACAUUGUGGUCUUCAUUUAUUGUUUCAUUGAAAUGUUUUUACAUGGAAUUGCCAAAGGAAUAAACACCUUUUAGACAGUCA